GCUCGAAGUCCACGUAUAAGUUGCAGUAUUUCAUUGUAAAGCGUUUACAAUGAAACAAAAUCCAUACUUUUCUACUGAGAUUGUCACAAAGAUCAAGAUCCAGCUGAUGUCAACAUAUAGUUCUUAAAACGUGCAAUCCUGCGAUUUAAAAGUGGUAAAACAUGAAUGAAAGUAAUAUACUCACGCUGACAAUUAUCUCACUUUGUGUUCUCAUUGUUUUCAUUGUGGCUGUAACAUUAAUCAUUCAUAAAUUGAGAAGAAGAUGCCAAAAGUCACAUGAGAAAUAUGGUGAAGCGUACGUAAACCAAACCAACACAGAAGAAGAAUGUGCAACACCGACAGAAACUGAGAAAGGAAUGACUAAUGUCGCUUUAGAUGAUGAUGGUUUGGUAUUGGAAACGAAACUGAGGACAACAGAAUAUGCGAAUUUGAACAUUAAUGUAAAGGAUGAAGUCAUAAAAAUUGAGGGCAUCUCGGACGGUGCCUGAUGCUACUAAUUUGCACAAUUUUUUCAUUUGCCACCGUAAAAGAUUAAAAGUAAUGCUGAAAAACAGUCAGCAAGCAAAUAACCAUUGUUCUGUUUUUAAACAUCUUAUUAUCAUGAAAUAAGAUAAUUCUGUAUGAGUUAAUGUCAUUAUAAGCUUUAAACAUACUAGUUAAAGUCAAAUGUAUCUGUAUAAGUUAAUGUUUUCUUAAGCUUUACAUGUACCAGUUAAAGUCAAAAUAUAUUUUAAUGAGUUAAA